ACCUAGUGACAAAAAAGCUCAACCUUCCAUAAUAUGAACAUCUUGACAUAAACAUUGAUUCGCAUCAGUUUUUGCACAAAACAAAUCAGAAAAGUUGUAAAUUCAUUUAACUUUUGUGGUCCGAAAUAUCCAACAAUGGAACCAUCCGUAGAUGAUUUGCUUUCCUUCAAGGAGUUCCCACUGAUCCAGGAAGGUAAUUCUAACAGCGCACAGCUUAAUAUAGAUUCGCCGAAAAAAGUAUCGCCAAGUCGUGAAUCAGAUUCCACUGAAGAAGCGACACCAGCGAAGAGCUCGUCAUUCCUCAGCUUCGAGUAUUAUCAGCGAUUCUUCGAUGUCGACACAAUGACCGUGGUGGAUCGAAUAGCCACGUCAAUCAUCCCAAAAAGAGCACCUUCGGACUAUUUGAAACUGAACAUCGGGACCAGCCCCGAUCUGUACGGUCCGGUUUGGAUUGUUAUCACAUUGAUAUUCACCAUUGCUAUCUCGGGUAAUAUGGCAAGUUACCUUCAGAAUGCCGGUAACCACCAUUGGCGAUACAAUUUUCAUCUAGUCUCCGUUUCGGCUACGGUUAUUAUCCUGUACACCAGUUUGGUGCCGCUUUCGCUUUGGGCACUGCUUAAAUGGAGCGUCCGCUCUUUUGAUCUCGAUGUCGAGGAGUCUCCGCACACUCCCAGCUUGCUCUCGCUCAUCUGUGUGUAUGGUUACUCGCUGGCCAUCUACAUUCCCGUUUCGAUUUUGUGGACAGUUCAGGUUUCCCUGUUCCAAUGGCUAAUGGUGGCAACCGGAACCUUUCUCUCAGGGUUUGCCUUGCUGUGGAUCCUGAUGCCUGCUAUCAAAACUUCAAAGUACCACAUCUUUAUUACACCGUCCAUCGGAAUAGCUCACUUCCUCUUGGCCACUGGUUUCAUGCUGUACUUUUUCCACUCACCGGAUUCCUCGGGAACGGUGGUUAGAAUGGAACAGCUUAAGACAACCGUUGGAACUAUCAUAAACAAAAAUGCUACUAACUGAAUGCAAUGCAUUUUCCGAAUAUGUGACACUGUUACACGAAUAAAGAAUAGCCUGAAAAUAAUUUUAAAA